GUCAAACUUCCAACAUUUCCUCUCUUUUUCAUUGUACUAAAAACGGAGGAAUCUUCCUCCAAAAAAAACAGAGCAAACACAAUGAAGUCAGAGACUGUAACAUUGAUGCUGGUGAAUCUCGCAGCCAUAAUGGAGAGGGCUGACGAGUCAUUAUUACCGGGAGUGUACAAAGAAGUUGGUGCCGCUUUGCAUAUAGAUCCUACUGGCUUAGGCUCCCUUACUCUGUUUCGAUCAAUCGUACAGUCUCUUUGUUACCCUCUGGCUGCUUUCUUAGCUUGCAGACAUAACCGAGCUCAUGUCAUCGCUCUCGGAGCUUUUCUUUGGGCGGCAGCCACCUUUCUUGUCGCCAUUUCAAAUACUUUCUUUCAGGUGGCGGUCUCAAGAGGCUUAAAUGGAAUUGGACUUGCUAUUGUCAUACCUGCCAUUCAUUCCCUUGUUGCAGAUUCAACUGAUGAGAGCAAUCGCGGCAUUGCUUUUGGAUGGCUGCAACUCACUGGAUACGUUGGUUCCAUCAUCGGUGGAAUGUUUUCAGUACUAAUAGCCUCAACAUCAUUCUUGGGUAUACCCGGUUGGAGAAUUGCAUUCCAUCUGGUUGGACUAAUAAGUGUUCUAGUUGGUAUUCUGGUUCGCAUCUUCGCUAAUGAUCCUCGCGAAUUUGAAGCUGAUAGUAAAGGUAAAGAUAAAAAAGCACGCAAGUCUUUUUCAUCAGACAUGAAGUACCUAAUCAAAGAGGCAAAUAUGGUUAUUAAAAUCCCAUCUUUCCAAAUAAUUGUGGCUCAAGGUAUCUCUGGAACAAUUCCAGGCUCAGCUUUAUCAUUUGCCGCUAUGUGGUUAGAACUCAUUGGUUUCUCCCACAAAUUAACUGCAUUCAUCACGACCUUAUUUGUAAUUGGUUGUUCUCUUGGGGGUCUGUUUGGAGGAAAGAUGGGGGAUAUUCUUGCGAAACGAUUUCCUAAUUCUGGGAGGAUAGUUUUGUCUCAGAUUAGUUCCGGCUCAGCCAUUCCUAUAGCAGCAAUUUUGCUUUUGGCUUUGCCGGACUAUCCAUCCUCAGCAUUUGUGCAUGGUCUGUUUUUCUUCAUCAUGGGAUUUUUCAUUUCCUGGAAUGUUCCUGCGACAAACAAUCCAAUAUUUGCAGAGAUAGUUCCUGAGAGAUCGCGAACAAGCAUCUAUGCGUUGGAUUCAACAUUUGAGGAUAUACUAUCAAAUUUUGCUCCAUUCGUUGUUGGGAUUUUGGCUCAGCAUGUUUAUGGUUAUAAACCAAUUCCCGAGGGAGCACCAGAUUCAGGAGAGAUUGAAACAGGCAGGGAGAAUGCUACAUCACUUGCCAAGGCAAUCUACACAGCAGUUGGAAUUCCAAUGACAAUUUGUUGCUUCAUUUACUCCUUUCUUUAUUGCACAUACCCUGGAGACCGUGAGCGCGCAAAGAUGGAUGCCUUAAUAGAAUCAGAAAUGCCAAACUUGGAAGCAGAUUAUUCUCCAUCAACUCAACUUCAUGUUUCAGAAUUGAAAAUGAUGAAUAAAGAGAAAGAAAGCAGAAUCGACAUCAAGCAUGGAAGCGAGGAGAGCCCUGAUUUAGAUGACAAUGAUGAGAAUUCUCUUCUUUCCCAUCAACUAUAACAUUGUCAUGAGAUUUACAAACUGAUUAACAUAUCUAGAAAAGCUGGACUAUCUGAUUGAACCUACAUAAACGAUGGAAAUACUUCGCAACACGAUUUUUCUGAACUUCAUUUAUAAUUUAGUUCCCCUCAAGCUGUAUAUAUUUCCCAGGCAUGAGGAGGUUGACUAGUUUGUUCUUGUCUUGUUCAUUUAUUUACUUAAUAAUACAAUUUGUACCCAAGUAUCAGUUAUGCAGAUUUGUUUUCCAGAUUUCGAGUAGA